UUGAAAACUCAUCUAACCCCUCUCUCUCUCUCUCUCUCUCUGUCUCGAUUCGACCGUUGCAAUCUUGUUCCCUCUGAUUCCAUUGCUUCAUCGUUUCACCACUUCAGUUCUUCUGAAUUCACAUUCCCCAUUGAUUCCCUCACUCACUCACUCACUCUCCUUCAAUUCACGAUGCGCAAUUCGAAGAACCCAGAUCCUUCUUCUUCUUCAGAACGCAAAAACUGGGGCAACAUCUUCAACUUACUGGUCCAAAUGGUGCGAAACCAGCAAAACCAGCUUCAUUCAUUCGCCAACCAACACAAGCUCCUCGAAGACCGCUUCAAAAUGCAGCACGAAAGAUGGCUCUCCGAUGUUCGUCUUCACAAGGAUCAAAUCUCUCAGAUGAAGGGGUUUUUGAUGUUUGAGGAGAAGAAAGGGUUGCUCGAAGCGGCGAAGGCGGAUUUGACGCUGGGUUUCAAGCACAGAGAAGCUUCCAUGUUGAAAUGGAUUUUGGAGCAUACAGAGGAUGAGUUGGUGGAUUUUAAAGCUUGUUAUGAUGAAUACCUUUCUCAUAUAUCCUCAGAUGAACAAAACCAAGGAACGGUAUUUAAGGAUGCUAGUAAGAGGAUCAAAGAAACCACAGAUAGUGGGAACAAGUCCACUUGCAAAAGUAAAGAAAAGGAGAAAUGUUCCAGUGUUAUCAAAGAUGAGUUGAGCAGGUUAAAAGGUGAAUAUGAGAAGCUUGCUUUGGAAAAAAAUUCUGAGUUAUCAGCUCUCUUGGCAGAAAAGAAAUUUGUGUGGAAUCAAUAUAAUAUUAUGGAGAAGGACUACAAUGAUAAAUUGAGGAGUAAACAAGCUGAAGUAGAAAAAGCAAAUGAGAAGAUAAGGGCACUAGUUUCCAGCAUGGAGCAACUGCAGUCUGAAAAUAUUGAAAAGGAUAGUGCAAUAUCACAGCUAGAAAGCAAAGUGGCGGAUAUGGAGGCUGAAACAAAAAGAUUAAACAACCAAAUAUCAGGACUCUCAGAGGAGUUGGGAUCUUUAAGAAAGUGCAGGAACAACCAAGUCGCACCUGUUUUAAAGCGUUGCACAGAAGGAACUAAAACAUCUGACUCGGGAACCAUUAAGAGCAGCAGGAGAAAAAAUGUCACCUUCAACCUUAAAAAAGAAAUAUGUACUCCUGAUGCCGACAGUCCUGCCAAAUUAUCGGAGAAGGACAAGAAAAGCCUGAAGAGGAAAGGAGGCUCAGUCCCCGCCUCUGAAACUCCCAAGCUGUUCUCUUCCAGCUUCAAGGUUCCAAAACUAAAGGCCUCUUUAAGGGUAGAUGACAGAUGACAGCUUCUGUUAAUUUUUAGACUGCAGUUAAGAGAUGGUUGCCUUGUAUAUGGUAUUUGUAUUAUGCGCUUUUUAUGUAAAUUGUGUAUUAUGUAUGAGCUUUCUUUUUGGUGUAGGUUCGUUCAUAGUUCUUAUGAUGAGCUUGUGCGCAAAUAGGUUUGAGAUUCCACUUUAGGUAAAUUAUUAUGUAUCAGCUAGCUAGGGACGAGUUUGGUUGGUAAUUCUUCUAACAAAAAUAAUGGAUAGGUUUCUUAUUAUCAUUCUAAUGAAGUGGAGCUUGAUUUGAUGAA